GCGUCCUAAUACUUGCAUCAUGUCGAGGCGCAAGCAGGUGAAACCUCAACACAUCAACUUGGAGGAGGACCAGGGAGAGCAGCAGCCGCAGCAGCUGGCCCUGAAGUUUGCAGAUGCAGCCCCAGUGGUGUCUGCGGUGAGGGAGCCAGGUGCUCCAAUGAACAACCCGGGGACUGGCGAGGACAUGAAUGGGGACCGAGUGAAGGUAAAGAGACCUUGUUGGGAGCAGACUCAUAUCUGUGAGAUAUGCAGUGGAGUGUUCUUUAGCUUGUCUACAUUAUUAGAACAUAAGAAAAAUUGCACUAAAUCUCUACCUGUCUUCAUCAUGAACGAGAGUGAGGGCCUGGUGCCUUCAGAAGACUUCAGGGCUGUGGAGAGCUACGAACCACACAAUCCAAGCAGUAAGGAGAGUCCCAGGGAGCAUGGUGUCAGCUCAUGGGACAUGAAGGAGAAGCCAGGGGCAGAGUCUGUUCUGCAUUUAAAGAUGAAGACUGCUCUGCCACCCACAUCCCAGGACUCAAGCUAUUUACCCAAAGGCAAAGUGGCCAACACUAAUGUCACUCUUCAACCACUACGGGGCACCAAGGUGGCAGUGAAUCAGUGGAGCACGGAGGCGCUGCCCAUCCCCCUGCCUGGUGCCAACAGCAUCCCAUGGGUCCUGGAGCAGAUCCUGUGUCUGCAGCAGCAGCAGCUACAGCAGAUUCAGCUCACCAAGCAGAUCCGAGUCCAGGGGAGCAUGUGUGCCGCCCAUGCCCUCCACUCUGGUGCAGCGGGAGCUGACACCCUGAAGACCUUAGGCAGCCACGUCUCCCAGCAGGUCUCUGCAGCUGUGGCUUUACUCAGCCUCCCUGCCUGCUCCCCUGUCCAAGGUCUGUCUCUGGACCCCUUGAAACAAGCCAGCCUACCUCACACAAAUAUACCUCCCACCACCAGCUCUGUGCCCCCAGGGCUGGUAUCCAUUGCCCCAAGGCCAGAUGGGUCAAGGGUGCUUCCGAACCACCUCCCAGGUGCUGUGAUACCUCAGGCCCCAGGCUCUGUGCCCUUCCAGAGUCCUUUCUCCACUGUGGCAUUAGACCCAUCCACGAAUGGGAAAGGGAGGCCAUCCAAUGUGCCCCCAGUGGAUGUCAUACCCAAAGACAAGGCUGGCAUCCACAUGUACAAAUGUAAUUACUGUAGCAAGGUUUUUGGGACUGAUAACUCCUUACAGGUCCACCUCCGUUCCCAUUUUGGAGAGAGACCCUUCAUGUGCUCUGUCUGUGGCCAGUGGUUCACCACAGAGGACGACCUCAAGGCGCACUUUCAUCAACAUUUCCAGGUGGAAGCGAACCCCCAGCUGUUUGGCGAGUUCCACAACAAAAUGGCGACAGGCAUUGGUGUUCCCUAUGCACUCUCUGUACCUGUUCCUGAAGAUGAAUCAAGUUUUAACAAAUCUGUCCUGGUCUCAGGGACCCCCAGGUCCCAAGGGCUACCUCAGAAUCUCUCUUGUGGGACUAACCCCAAGGACCUAAUGGGUGGCUCACUGGCCAACUAUCCUCAGCCCUGGCCUCCAGAAAGUGAGGAUGGAUACAGAUUCUCUGGGGUAGGGCCAAACCAUAAUUACCCAAGGGUUGGUAGUUUCCAAGGGAGAGGGGCACCCGAGCCAGGGUCAGAGACUCUCAAGCAGCUGGUGGAGAACAAUGACAAGGCCACCACUAACCCCAAUGAAUGUCGCAUUUGCCACCGUGUCUUAAGCAGCCAAAGGUCUCUCAAAAUGCAUUACCGCACCCACACCAGGGAGAGUACAUACAAGUGUAAGACCUGUGACCGAAUCUUCUCCACCAAACACAACCUGAAUACACACUUAAAGACUCACCAAACCAACACAUCCACAAAGACGAAGCAUUCGUGUCCCAUCUGCCAGAAGAAGUUUAGCAAUGCAGUCACGUUGCAGCGACAUAUUUGGAUGCACAUGGGUGGUCAGAUUCCCAACACACUUGUUCUGGAAAAUCCUUGUGACUUUAGGGAUCCUGAGCCGAUGAAGAUCAGUGAGAACAACAGCACAAGUGCCAUAUGUCACAAUGAUGUUGAAAGCACUGAUGUAGACAGAGUUGGCUCUCAGGAUGCCCCUAGCAGCUCAUCGAAGAUCCCCAUGCCUCUUCUGAGCACCCACUCGACAUCACCUAUGCCAGGUUUAACCAUCACAGCUCCCCUGGUUGUGGGUCCUGCUGCUGUGCAGCAGAGCAGCAGAGGAAAAGGUUUGGUGGAGAGUGGUGGCUUGACUAACUUGUCCUCAGUGAUAGGAGACCAGAAGUAUCAGAGCCGAAGUCCAGACUUUCUGGAAGUCACAUCCUUUCAGGCCAUCACCCCAGCCAAUGGCAAAGCAGAAAGAAACAAGUCCAAAUUUCCUGAUGUUGGUGGCAAAGCAGAGAGCUCAGAGAACAGCCACACUGAUAUGGAAGGUUGGAGCAGUCUCCCAUCAACAGUUGCCAAGGCCCAGCCAACAUAUGUCAAAGAUGAAGUUCCUGGUGCAUUUGGACCCACAACCAUAUACCCAGGCAUGGCAUCUUCGUUAGCAGCUCAGCCAUGCCAACAAGACAAGCAACAUGGCCACACACAGUUCAGGAAGAACUCAUUGGCCAGUGCUGUUCAAAUUCAUGAGUGGACUCACACUGGGGAGAAGAAGCUUUUCAUGUGCAACAUAUGUAGGCAAGCUUUCACCACCAAAGACAACUUGCAAGCCCACUAUAUGACGCAUGGGGCUAACAAUAGCUCUGCACACUGUGGGAGGAAGCAGGGUAUUGAGAACACCACGGUUCUGUUAGGAACCGAUGGAAAGAGGCUCCCUGAAAUGUUUCCCCAGGAAACCAUGGUCCCUUCAGUGAAUGUGGACCCUGUUGUGUGCAACCAGUACACCACCAUGCUCAGUGGUGGUCUGGCCAAUAAUACCAACAAUAGCUCAAUGAUCCAGAGUGUAGAUCUCUCUACUCUCCUAGCUUCCCAGGGGGCAAGCUCUGCUGUGGAUAACACCACUGUCUCCAAGAUAGAUGGCUCUCAGUCAGCUGUUAGUGCUGGUGUGGAAAAACCAGGUGCUGCUGACAGCAUUCCCAAACACCAGUCCCCUCACUUACUGGAAGCUAAGCUACAGGAGAACCCACCUGGAGAAAUGUAGAGUGACCAUUCUUGAACUGGACUUUCUUCUUCUUUUUUGUUAUAACCCAUCUCCUCCUGUUUGUUUGUUUUUACUGAUGUGCAAACGAUGUUUACAGUUGUGACCACCAACUCAAGCAAGUCCUACAAUCACAAUGUUGCUAUGCUGCUUUGCGAA